AUGCAGUCAAUUGAGAAGAAAGGUACAGUUGAUGGGAAGAUUCCUGAGCACCUAAUAUUGUCAAGCAUCGAUCACACAUGCCAGUGUCUCCAUGCCACUAUAGAAUUAUUAGCUCCAGUUCCUCAUGCUAGUGAAGACAUCCUUGAUUUCCUUGCUGCUCAAGCAGAACUACUACUCCAUCUUAUUAUCUCCCUAUACAAAAGGUUGUCGUUACCUGCUAGUGUGCACAUCUGGAAAACCUCGGGUUAUGGCCUCAAAGUGUUGAGUGGCUUCAGGCCAGGAGUUGUUGGUGGCAGAACAACAAUAAGGGUUUUACUUGUGUUGCUCCUCUUGUCAGUUGAGUUGAUUAGAUUGAAUUCAGGUUCAGAUGAGGUGACUCAGAUGGAAUCUGUUGAAGUUGUUGCUGAGGCAACUAAUGCAAGUUUGGGGCUAUUACCCAUUCUUUGCAACUGUAUUGAACCGGCUGACAACUGUACCCUAUCCCUGACUACUAUUGACUUAAUAUUGAAAAACCUGCUACUUGGUUCCCUAUCGUGCACAAACAUAUCCAGUUGCAGCAUUUUGUUCAGAUGCUUCAAGAUCCGAAUUCAUAUGCCAUCUGUUCCUGUAAUUUUGAAGUUUCUUUUGACACUUGCGCAGUCGAGAGAGGGGGCUGAGAUGCUUCUUUAUGCUGGUUUCUUUGCAUCUUUGAGAGUGUUGUUUGAUGGAGUAUCAGAUGAUAGAUCUUUAUCGGUGAUUCAAAGUGAGAGGAGUCUUUCCAACUCUUCUGAAAAAAUUGAAAAGUCUCGGUGCAUUUGGGGACUUGGCUUGGCUGUAGUCACAGCGAUGAUUCAUUCUUUGAGAGGCAGUUCUUCUGGUACAGGCGUCGUGGAUCAUGUGAUGGCUUACUUCUUUUUGGAGAAAUCUGACGUGAUUUAUUAUUAUCUAAAUGCACCAGACUUUCCAUCUGAUGAUCAUGACAAGAAAAGAGCUGGUGCUCCGAAAAGACCAACAUCUCUGAAUGCUCUUAAAGAAACAGAACAUACCCUCUUUCUAAUUUGUGUGCUUGCAAAACAGCGCAAUUCUUGGAUUAAGGUCAUGAAAGAAAAGAAUUCACAGUUGAGGGAGAGAAGUAUUCAUUUAUUGGCCUUCAUUAGCCGGGGUGUCCAACAUCUUGGAGAAUCUCCCAACCGGAUUACACCAAUGUUGUGCCAUCCAAUCCUGAAAGAGGAGUUUGAGUGGUACAAGAAGCCAUCAUUUAUUGAGAGCAGAAAUGGCUGGUUUGCUCUUUCUGCUUUUGGUUGCAGGCUUAAUCCUAAUAAGUUUUCUGCUUUAUCAUCUCAAACAACUGCUCUAGUGAUCAAGAACCAGGCUACUGGUGAAGAUGCUGCUAAAAGGGCUGAGGCAGUGGGUUUUGUUGACCUUGCUCAUUUUCCGGAACCUCCAAUGCCUAAUAUCUUGCAUGGCUUGCAGGAUCAAGGGAUUGUUAUGGUCACUGAAUUGUGUGAGGCCAACAAAUUUAGGCAAGUUUCAACUGAAAAACUGGGAGUAUGUAUCUUACCGCUGCAAAUAACAGUAAUGGCUCUAUACUUGGAAUUUUGUGUGUCACAAAUUUGUGGAAUAAGACCUGUCCUGGGACGUGUCGAAGAUUUCUCAAAGGAACUCGAGAAGUUUUUAAGAGGGUAA